CCUGCUCACUGCAGUGUCGCUGUGGCGCCUGUCACCGCGUUACCCCGACAGCAGACCAAACUACAGGGCUGGCUAACUACACACAGAUAUUGGUUGCCUGUUGGGUGAGUCCCGAUUCAGAGGGGGAGUGAAAUAAGGGCAGGAUAGAUCUCCACCCAAACAGGUCAUCUCUACCAAGCGAAGGCUGCAGCUCUUGUAACCUGUCAGAACCUUACUGGAACAUGAGGAUUUUGACAGUUCAUCUGUAGAAUCUGGAUUGGCUACUUAAAUGGACUGCUUGGUUAUCUUUUCCAAUUGCACAGUAGCUUGCUAGCUAGCUAACGUUACCUGUGCGUUAACCGGAUUACGACUGUUGACAGUAAUUUUCAAUCACGCCUGCGGUUUGUGAUUUUUGAGAAAUUAUUAGCUAGUUAGCUAGCUAGCAACGAAGAAAUGACGGAGCUUAGAAAGCGAGGAGGAGGAGGCGGAGACCCUGAGAGUACAGAAAACAUCAGUGACAAGGAGGUUGAUGGAGAGGGUUUAUUCGGGGCAAUGGAGGGAGAUGGAGAGGUGGAGGGAGAGGAGGAGCCCAAAGUGGAAAUUCCAGAGGUGCCCCAGACCGCAGACAGCACCCCCGAAUGUCUCAACAAGGCUCUGGAAGGCCUGUCCUCCAGAUGGAAGAACUGGUGGAUACGAGGGAUUCUGUCUUUGACGAUGAUCUCUGGCUGGUUCCUUGUGAUCUACUUGGGACCCAUCAUGCUAUUAGUGGUGGUCAUGAGCAUUCAGAUCAAGUGCUUCCAGGAGAUAAUAACCAUCGGGUACAGAGUCUACCACUCCUACGAGCUCAAGUGGUUCAGGACACUGAGCUGGUACUUCCUGAUUUGUGUGAAUUACUUCUUCUAUGGGGAGACGGUGGCGGAUUAUUUUGGCGCUUUUGUGCAGAGGGAGGAGCCUCUUCAGUUCCUUGUGCGUUACCAUCGCUUCAUCUCCUUCGCCGUGUACCUGGCUGGUUUCUGCAUGUUUGUUCUGAGUUUAGUGAAGAAACAUUGCCGCCUGCAGUUUUAUAUGUUUGCUUGGACCCAUGUGACACUGUUGAUUGUGGUAGCCCAGUCUCACCUUGUCAUACAGAACCUGUUUGAAGGAAUGAUCUGGCUUAUUGUCCCAGCAUCCCUUGUCAUCUGCAAUGACAUCAUGGCUUAUGUCUUUGGUUUCUUCUUUGGAAAAACACCUUUGAUUAAGCUCUCUCCUAAGAAGACCUGGGAAGGGUUCAUUGGAGGUUUCUUCUCCACGGUGGUCUUUGCAUUCCUUUUCUCCUACCUGUUUGCGCAGUACCAGUGCUUCGUCUGCCCUGUGGCGUACGACAGUGAAACUAACCGCUUUGCGGUGGAGUGCGAGCCCUCGGAGAUCUUCGUGCUGCAGGAGUACACCCUCCCGUCCCUGGUGCAGAGCACUCUGAGACUGAAAACAGUGAAGCUCUACCCGUUCCAGAUCCACAGUAUCGCCCUCUCCACCUUCGGCUCUCUGAUUGGUCCGUUCGGCGGAUUCUUCGCCAGCGGUUUCAAACGGGCCUUCAAGAUAAAGGACUUCGCCGACACCAUCCCAGGGCACGGGGGCAUCAUGGACCGGUUCGACUGCCAGUACCUCAUGGCCACCUUCGUCCAUGUGUACAUCGCCAGCUUCAUCAGGGGCCCUAAUCCCAGCAAGGUCCUUCAGCAGCUGCUUGCCCUGCAGCCAGAACAGCAGCUGGGCAUCUUCAGCACCCUGCGCUCGCACCUCAGAGAGGCUGGCAUGCUGCCCCCUACAGGAGCGUAGGGGCAGUGAACAACAGAACCCGCACUCCUACCCCCUCCCCCGAGUUUAUUUAUUUACCCUGACGGAACAUUAAUACACUGCAGCGUCUGAGGUCAGGGGUCACCUGGGCAACACAGCCAGACUUCACUCCGCCCUGGAACCGCCAUGACAAACUCAAAAUCCCAGAAGGCUGUGGGGCACGCCAUCCUUCAGAAAGCAUUACCCAUAAUGCUUUGCAGCACCGCAAACACAGUGUCUUCCAGAUGAAAGGACCCAAGCCCACACUGAAUGGAUGCAGAGGACGGUGUAGCGGAGCUCCGUCCGUACGCAGACGAUGCGCCGGCUCAGAGCUCAGAGGAAGUGCGUUCUGAAGGUUGCAUGGAUUAACUGUGUGUGGGUAGUGGAGCCACAGUAGGGACCUUGCGCUAUUGUGUAACCCUGUCUGCUCUUGCGCCAGACACCGAGGUUCCGGCUUCACCAUUUUACACACACUGUGUGCAUCGUGUCGAGCAGCUUGUGUGGUAACAGUAACGGUCUUAAAAAAGGAUGAGGUGAUGAAGAUGUGCGUAGGUCUCUGCUCCCGAAUGUGUCAUUUCCCCUCUCCAUGAGGCUGAUGGGCUUCUAGAGCAGAGAGAUUGAGUGAAUGAGGUAGGCUGUCCAAAGCUCCAGUACUGUAUAAUGCAAAACUAAAGAUACAGCACACUGAUGCAACUUUACACUAUGUGUGUUUUAUACGUGUUUAACAUGUUACACACACAUAUAAACAUGCAAUACACCUGUAGCGUAUGCAUUUAUACUGUAUAUAACCUAUCAUGCAUUACUGUACAUAAUUAUAUAUAAAUAAUAUAUAAUAUAAAGAAUACCUAUGUGACUUGUUGCAUUUUACAUGUGACAACUGCAUUUUAAAACUAGAAAAAUAUGCAACAACAAAAAAAGUGGGAUUUUUAAUGUGGUUUUAUGGUAGGCAGCAUGAAAAGGCUUCCUUAGGCUUGGCUAGCUGAGCUGGAGGAGGAUAUUUAGUGUUGUGGUGUGAGGCAGCUUUUGAGAGUGCACUGACUAACUCUGUACCCCUGAUGGAGGUGAGACAGUGUGCUUUUUCUGUCAAGUGAAUUAGUUUGAUUUAGAUGCACAGUAAUCAGGUAAGGGAAACUGUCUUAGCUUUCUGUCACCGUACACUGGCACUGUCUGUUUUUUAGACUCGUUUGUUUUUUUACUUUCUCUUAAAUUCACAUUUUCAGUGGUCGUUUCCAGGUUGGGAAGUCGUUACAUGAUGCCAUGUAGACACAUAAAAGUUUGAGACGUUCGGUUCUCUGUUGAAGAUACUGCAGCCCGCAUCACUGAAAUGGACUACUGUAUUUUGAUGCGAGUGUGGCUGAUAUUGUGAAAAAUGGGACGGAAUUUCCGUUCAGCUUGCAAAGGCUUACCAAAGUGACAUGGAGGUGAAAUGUAUUUUACUGUUCUUUUUUAAAUGAAAAACUUAGUAGAUGGGCUGUUCCUAGACUUUAAGCUUUAACCAAUUUAAACACGUUCUACUGUUACCAUGACUCAGGUCGUGGAUGAAUACAUACCACAGAACAAUAUAAAAUAACGAGUUGUUACCUGGCAAUAAUCAUUUAUUUAAUGGUUAUAAAUUACAUGCAUACAUAACUACAGAUUUUCAUUCCCCUAUUCUUAGUCCGAAGGGAAAAAACCUGUUUCGCUCCAGUUUUGGGCACUAAGGGACAAAUCGUUUACUUGUUCAUUUUAUAUUAAUAUUUUAGCGCUUCCAGAUUUAACCACAGAUUGUUUCAUUUUUAUUUCAGAGUGUUUACAUAGAUCAGUCCAUAGGUCUUGUGAAAUUAAAUGUAUUUUCCCUAACAAUAAAAAACAUCCCCUGACCAAGGCUGUGGAUUUGGGACCAGUACAUAUUUACUCCAAUUGUGUAAUAUUUAGAUAUAUUUAGAUGUGUGUAGUGAUGGUGACACAUCUAGAAACGACUUCCUAUCUGGCCAUAGGCCUCUCCCCAAACUGCCACAUCAGAUGAGCCUAAAAUAGACUUAAGAUAUCUAGAUAGUGAUAGUGGGUCAAAUUUAUAAGUAAAUUAUUUUAGGAUUUAUGCAAAAAAGCAAAUGUGGUCUAAUUUAUUGAUGGUUUACAUGAAUUAGAUUUCAUUCAUAUUAUCCUCACUGUAAAAGAUUAGGGGCUCGGGAAUAUAUAAUUUAUGGUAUUUUGUUUUGUUUUGUUAUUAUCUUUUCAGGAUUUUAUAAUAUCUAGCAUUUGGAAUGGGUCGGAUUGUCAUUAGUACAAGAACACACCAGACAUAAUGGGUAAAACAUGUUUUACAUGCAUUAUUAUUAAUUAUUAAUAAUUAUAUAUUAUCUCAAAUACUGUGAUGGUUAUACAUGGAGUUGAAUAAAUUAUAUUUUUUAUUUACAA